AUGUCACGGCCGGUUUCAGAAACUCGAGUUUACUUAGGCAAUCUUCCAAGGAAUAUUGAACGUCGAGAUAUUGAAAAAUUUUUCUAUGGCUACGGAGAGAUUGCAGAAAUCAAAUUAAUGUCAGGAUUUGCAUUUGUUGAAUUCAAAGAUGCGCGUGAUGCGAAAGAUGCUGUUCAAGGGUCUGAGGUGUCCAUAGAUGGGAAAAAGAUGCUAGGAGAUCGUAUUAAUAUUGAAUUUGCGCGUGGAGGAAGAGAUCGUCGAGAUGACUUUCGUAAUCGUGAUCCGGAUGUUCGAAGCUAUCCCCGGCCAAGGAGAACAGGAUAUCGUGUAAUUGUUGAGAAUCUUUCUCAAAAUGUCAGCUGGCAGGAUUUAAAGGAUUUUAUGCGGACCGCAGGAGAGGUUACCUAUGCCGAUUGUAGUCGUGAUGGCAGUGCUGUUAAUACUGAAAUCAGCAGAAUUGUUGAAUUUGAAACCGAAGAGGACGUUAAAGCAGCUGUUCGAAAGCUAGAUGGCGUUGAUUUCAAAGGUUCAGAAGUAAUUCUUCAUGAAGACUUGGUAUUAAUGACAAAAAUGGCAAAAAAGGAUUCAUCUCGUCCUCGGUCUCGCUCUCCUCGCCGCAAUCGGUCCUUACCUCGUUACCAGAAUUAUGAUAAAGGCUAUAAUAGGUAUGACCGGCAUUCUCCACGCUAUCGGAGAGACGAUAGGGAUGUUUAUUACCGUCGAGAUGAGUAUCCUAGUCGUCGAGGAUUUAGAGACGGCAGAUAUUCUAGAGGUGUUUCACCAUAUAACCGCUCGCCACCUCGUGACCGUUCUCGAGAUAGGUCUCCUGAACGUUCUCGAGAACGCUCUCAAACAAGGUCUCCUGUAAGGUCUCCGGUAAGGUCUCCUAGGGAUUUUUCCCCUAGAGAUGGUUCAGCCCGGAGUCCUAUUGAUCAUCCAAUAAGGGCAUGCGUUUCUUUUACUCUUUCUGCUCUCUAG